CCAGUCAACCAAUCACGACUCUCCGUGCAGACCAAUCAGGUGAUAGACAGGCUUCUCUUCCUGUUUGACCGAGGAAGUCGUUAUCGGUCAACUGCACGGACGAAGAUCAUGGGAGGGAUCAAACAAGAGCAGAGUGAUGCUUCACAGCACCCCAAACCUUCACAUUCAGCAGACCAUCCGCAAGAGGAGCCAAAGAAGAGAGGCUGGCCGAAGGGGAAGAAAAGAAAGAAGGUGCUACCGAAUGGCCCCAAGGCACCGGUGACAGGAUAUGUCCGCUUCCUGAACGAACGUCGAGAACAUAUGCGGGCCAAAUACCCUGACUUACCUUUCCCAGAAAUCACGAAGAGACUUGGAGCAGAGUGGACACGGUUAGCCCAGAAUGACAAACAGCGCUACCUGGAUGAGGCAGAGCGGGAGAAGAUGCAGUAUGCGCAGGAAUUGAAGGAAUAUCAGCAGACUGAAGCCUAUCAAAUCACCAGUGCUAAGAUACAAGACAAGAGAAUCAAGAAAGAAGACACUCCAUCUGUCAUCACCAGCACCAGUUCAGAGUCAUCUUUAUCAAAGGCUUCUGACCUCUCGAGCAGAUUCGACAUACCUAUCUUCACAGAGGAGUUCCUUGAUCAGAACAAAGCACGAGAAGCCGAGUUGCGACGGCUUCGUAAGGCCAACAUUGAGUUUGAGGAGCAGAAUGCAGUGCUUCAGCGCCACAUUAAGGACAUGUACAACGCCAAAGAGCGUCUGGAAGCUGAACUGGGUCUGGACGAGAAGCGAACCCAGGCGCUUCACCAACAUUUGCUGGCUGUUAAACACACGCUGGUCAACAGUCUGUCAUCAGUCCCCCUGCCAGGUACGGGUGAAACAGCAUCUCUUGGGAACCUGGACUCAUAUCUAACUCGUCUCAGUGGAGUCCUGGAAGGAAACCCUCACAAGCAUCGUGCCCUGCUCACCCAGCUCUGCGAAGUCCUCUCUCAUCUGGACAGUGAGAAGUUAUGAGAGGACUUCAGAUGGGAAACCCUUUCAUUCCUGCACCAGAGGGGGGCGCACAACAGGCUUGGGUGGUACGUCAGUGCCAUUCAGCAGAGCAUGUGGAUAUCUUAAGGGUAGUAAAGGCAACGGUACAAACACUUCAAAUGAACACACACACAGCCCAUGUCUACAUGCCUCUUCUCUAUGAAUAUGUAUUCAUGCACAUGCGUGUUUGUGAUUGUAAAUCUUUGUGGCAGCGUUUAGGGUUUUUACUCUUCAGGAACUUCAUUUUAUCUUCUGAACUGCUUCAGUUAAGUAAAUUUGGACUCACCAUUACCCUAUUGUGUAUAUCAGCAGUUACUGCAGGCUGAUGACCUGUCCAAAAUGACAAGCUCAAUUAUUUUCAGUUUACAAUAAAUGCCAUUUGGCAUUUGGUGGGUGGGGAAUGUGCAUGUAGUGUUAUUUAGAAUGCAUGGAGAAAAAAACUAGAAAGUGGGAAAAUAAAAUGUUGGGUUAUACGUGUUUGAAUUUACGCUGAUAGAUGCAGGUAGUUAAAUGGAAAAACAGUUUCACAUGUCAGAGUAUUAUAUAUUUGUGAGGUAUAUUUGUAUUUUCUGAAAUGUUCAUUAAACUGUACUGAAAAUAUU